AUGGGUGCAGGUCAGUCCUCCGCCAACGAUAGCGGGGCGUCCCAGGAAUCACAGGCAGCAAAGAAAACUAGCUACUACGAGCUGCUGGGUAUAGAGCGGACCGCCACAGAGGAUGAAAUCAAGAAAGCCUACCGCCGCAAAGCUCUCGAGCUGCAUCCGGACCGCAACUUCGGCCGCGAGGAAUGGGCAACCGCCCUGUUCGCUGAGAUCCAGUCCGCGCAUCAAGUCCUCUCCGAUCCGCAAGAGCGCGCAUGGUACGAUUCACAUGAAAGCGCCAUCUUGAGCGGCGCCGACCCGUCCGACGUCCACUACGAGCACAACCUCAAGGUCACAACCGCCGAUGACAUCACGCGCAUGAUGCGCAAGUUCAACGCGCGCGUCGACUACUCCGACUCGCCCAGUGGAUUCUUCGGCUUUCUGCGCGAGACAUUCGACACGCUUGCGCGUGAGGAGGAAGCCGCGGCGAGCUGGGAAGGAUACGAUCCAGUGGACUACCCCAACUUCGGGCACAAGGAUGACUCAUACGAGGACGUGGUUAGGACGUUCUACGCGGUUUGGGGAGGCUUUUCGACCAAGAAGACGUUUUCGUGGAAGGACAACUACCGGUUGUCCGAUGCGCCGGACCGGCGCACGCGGCGCUGGAUGGAGAAGGAGAACCAGCGGCUCCGUGAUGAGGGAAUCAGGGAGUUCAACGUCGCUGUCUCGACGCUGGUGGCUUUCGUGCGGAAGCGCGAUCCCCGCUGGCUGCCGAACACGCAGUCGGAAGCUGAGCGGCAAAAGGCCCUGCGCGAUAUGGCGGCAGCGCAAGCAGCGCGGCAGCGGGCAGCAAACGAGGCUCUGAUGCAGGAGGAGGUGCCGGAAUGGACGAGAACCCGGGAUCCGGAGGAGCUCGAAGAAGAAGACGAAGAAGAGAUUGAAGAGGAGCACUACGAGUGUGUUGCUUGCAACAAGACGUUCAAGAGCGAGCGGCAAUGGGAGGCGCACGAGAAGAGCAAGAAGCACCAAAAGGCCGUUUACGCAUUACAGAAGAAGAUGCGGAAGGAAAACAAGAAUCUCAACCUCGACGACGAGAUCCCCAGCAGCGGCAUCGAGACCCCCGAGAAUGAAGCCGAAGAAUUCGACCUCAUGGAAGACGCAGGCCCUACGGCCGACGACGUUGCUGAAGAAAUCGAGCACGUCAACCUCUCAGACGAUGACGCUGCCUCGAUAGAAGAGGCUACAGCUCGCAAGCCAGCCCCCGACCCAGAGGAAGAAGCCAGCAACGCCUCCACCGACUCCGACUCCGACUACGCCCCCCGCAGCAAAGUGCAAUCGCGCUUCGCAGCCGCCCGCCCCCUCUCCCCCGAACAAACGCCCGCAGCAGAAACCCCAGAAGCAGAAGAAGAAGAAGCUGCCUCGCCCGUGCCCAACGCACCCAAGCUCGGCAAAGCGGCCCAAAAACGCGCCAAGCGCGCCGCAGCAGCCGCAGCAGCCGAGCAAGCACCCCAACAGUUCGCAUGCGCGGUCUGCAAAGCCGCGUUCCCGAGCAAGACGAAGAUGUUCGAGCAUGUGCGUGAGGAGGGGCACGCGGCGCCACCUAGUGUGGCUGGGAAGGCAGGGGGCGGG